UAUCAUAAUAAUAUUACAAAUAUAAAUAUUUAAAUGGGUUAGUGUAAAUGUGCUACAUAAUGUUGUUAAAAGGAUGAAUUAACAUCAUAAAAAAUAUCGACCAGAUCCAUUCAAGUUUCCAUCAAGCAUCACAAACCUCAGAAAGAUUAGAACUCAGAUAAAAUAGAUGCCCUUAUUAACAAUGAUUUUGACUCAGCCAUUAUGAAGAAUUCAAUGCGCAGCAAAGUCUCCAACCAAGAGAUCUCCUAAAAUUUGAUGACAACCCAACAUCCCAUACCCUAACAAGUUAUCGACACCAAUCAAACGAAAGAGCGUAAAUUGCUUCCAGUACUUUUUCAACUUAACUAGAUUAUGCUAAUGCCAAAUGGAACCAAAUAUGAAGGACAAUGGCUCAAUGGUAUGAGAGAUGGCUAUGGAAAAUAGUUAUGGCCAGAUGGAUCAAUUUAUGAAGGGUAAUGGAAACAAGAUAAAUCAAAUGGAUAAGUAAGCGACUUUUAAAAUCAAGGGAAAACUAAUUCAUGCUGACGGAGACAUCUAUGAUGGAGAAUGGGUAGAUGAUGCAGCUUGCGGUAAAGGAACUUAUGUGCAUUUUAAUGGAGCCAGAUACGAAGGGGAAUGGCUUAACGACAACCAACAUGGUUAUGGUAUCGAAGUCUGGCCUGAUGGAGCAAAGUACGAAGGUCAGUAUUAAUUUGGUAAAAAGAAUGGACAAGGACAAUUAACCUUUGUUGAUUCUGCUAGUUAUGAAGGUAAAAUUCACUUGUAAAGGAAAGGUAAUUUCAUUGACAACGAGAUUUCUGGAUUUGGGGUUUACAAAUGGCCAGAUGGAAGAGAAUAUGUUGGGAAUUGGUUAGAUAACAAAAUGCAUGGAGAAGGCACUCUUAAAUGGCCAGAUGGAAAAUGCUACAAAGGAGUAUCUUCUAUCUUUUAUUAAAGAAUUAUCAAUAAGAUAAAAAACAAGGUAGAGGUGUGUUCUAUUUUGGAGAUGGUAGAAAAUAUGCAGGAACUUGGAUUAAUGGGAAAUAAUCUGGUGUUGGAAUAUAUUAUCAGAGUGAAAAAUAAUACAGAAUUGGAAUGUGGCAAAAUGGGUAGAGAGUAAAAUGGCUCAAUGAUGAAGAAGUGGAAGGUAAAAAAGACUUAAUCACUCAACUCUUAGAGUUGUGA